GCGCCGGCGCCAAUGGGCGGGCGUCCCCUCGCGUCCGAGACGGCAGCACCCAGACCCCGGAGCCGGAGCCGAACGGGUGGCGGCGCCAUGGCGUGCGCGGGGCUGCUCACCGUGUGCCUGGUCCGGCCGCCCGCGCCCGAGCCCCCGCGGCCCCCUGCGCCCGCAGCCGGGCCCACCGGACACGCGCUCUUCCAAGACGUUUUCCGCAGAGCAGACAAGAAUGAUGAUGGUAAGCUCUCAUUUGAGGAAUUCCAGAAUUACUUUGCUGAUGGGGUUCUCAGCCCAAGGGAGCUGCGGGAGCUGUUCAGCGGCAUUGAUGGGCAUCUCACUGACAAUUUGGAAACUGAGAAACUGUGUGACUACUUCUCAGAACACCUGGGUGUGUACCGGCCUGUGCUGGCUGCACUGGAGUCACUGAACUGUGCAGUGCUCACUGCCAUGGACACCACUAAGCUGGAGUAUGAGCAGGCCUCCAAGGUGGACCAGUUUGUGACACGCUUCCUAUUGCGGGAGACAGUGAGCCAGCUACAAGCCCUGCAGAGCUCGCUGGAGGGGGCAUCAGAGACCCUGGAGGCCCAAGCCCGAGGCCCACGGUCCGAUGAAGAGAGCAUGGAGGUACACAGGAGGCCCCAGGGCAGCCGGAGGGCAGGGCGCAGGGCCCUGCGGAGCAUCAGUCAGUCACCUACCUGGUCUCCUGGCUCCUCUGACCCAGGGCAGAGUUCGGAGGCUGAGAUGCAGUGGCGGCUCCAGGUCAACCGUCUCCAGGAGCUCAUCGACCAGCUUGAGUGCAAGGCCCCCAGGCUGGAACCCCUGCAUGAAGAGCAGCUCUCCAAGGGGCCUGACUCGCUGACAGAGCUGCCUCUUUGCCAGCACAUCCUCAUGGCCCAGAGGCAGGUGCAGGUGGCAGAGGAAGCCCUCCAGGACUUCCACCGUGCCCUGUGCUGCUACGUGGACUUCACAGAGGCUCAGAGCCAUUGCCUGCAUGUAUCUGCUCAGAAGAUGCUGGACAAUGCUUCCUUCACCGUGUACGAGUUCUGGAAGGAUGAGGCCUCCUGGAGAAGGCAUCAGCAGUCUGCCUGCAGUAAGGCCUUCCAGCGCAUCCUCAUUGACCUCCUGCAGGCUCCGGACACCCUCACUACUGUGUUCUUCCCAGCCUCCUGGUGGAUUAUGAAUAAUAACUGAGCCUGAUCUGCAUAAGCCAAGGACCCUGGGGCCCUGCUGGCCUCCUUCAGGGGCUUCUGGACUUGUCAACUGACCACCACAAGUUCACUGACACUCCUAGACCUGGGGCCUGGCUCUCAGAGGCUCCCCAGACCCAGUUGGUGGAGAGCCUCUCAGCCCAGGGGUCAGGGACUGGAGAGCCUCUCAGCCCAGGGGUCAGGGACUGGGCUGCCUGCUUUGUUUCUUUAUCGGUGUAUUUCAUUGUUUGUCUUCAGCGUGAGGCACGCUGGUGCCUGCCUGGCUCAAAGGCCUGGAUCCUGGUCCCCUCUGCCUCUGCUUUGUUGUGUGGCCCAGGGCAGAUAGAUCCCUUCCCUCUCUGGGUGGCCCUGGGCUAUCUGGCUGCCUAGGGGCUGCCCUGCUUUCUUCCUACUGUCUUGGGGUCAGGCUUCCGCUCUUCCUCAAGCAGUAGCAGGACCAGGGCUGAUGCUCAGGAACCCCUGCCCCGCCCCCUCCUGAACCUGAACCCCUGAAGCCGGACUGGAUCCAUCUGCAGUGUGGGCAGUAAGGACCUGGGUGCCCCCGUCACCCUCUGAGUUGGCAGGCUCCUGGCUUCCAGCACCCACGGCUGCACCAGAGACCCCUGGAGGAUCUUGGGUUGGUUUGUGUGUCAUUUGCAUGCUCAUGCCCACCCAUACUCAGGGCACUAUGGAAAGCCCUAAGGUGAUCUUGUAAAGUAGCAAUAAUUUGGGCCCAGAGUUGCCUGCUGCCCCCAGAUACCUCUGAAUCCCAGGCCAGGACCCCAGCACAGAGGCAAUAAAGGCAGUGAUCCCC